GCUAUGGCCGACACGUCAAUGAAGUUGGCUCGAGAUAGGUUAUCGUUGUGGGAAAGCAAAGUAAAUCCAAAGGCACCAUUGACAGACAAACAGAAAAAUGUCCUCAUGGAACUCACCGCUACGACUACACAGCGACCCUUUCCAGAGGAGUUACCAGCUGACGAUCUCUCGCCAGGUGCUGCUUCAUCUGUACCUCAAACACCACCAGCAGAUGGCGACUCACCUGUACAGCUGAGCAGCAGUCCCCUGAUGGGGGGUACAAAGGUGGAGAAUGCUCAACAGUUCUUCUCUUGGUUUUCGGAACUGGAAGAUGCUCUAGAGCGUGACGAAGAAAGCCAGUACAGAGACUACAUUGAGGAACUGUGUGGUCACAGGGACCAGUGUAAAGGUCUUUACACAGAGGUUCUCAGUGCUCUCAGAUAUCUUGAUGAUCUUAACAGUCAGUACGUGAAUGUGUCAACAAAAACCAACGCACUGCACGACGCAUGUGAACAUCUGCUGUCGGAACAGACAAAGCUGAUGAAUAUUGCCGAAAGUAUCAGCUCACGGUUGUCUUACUUCAAUGAACUGGACAGAAUUUCAAGUAAGCUGGGCUCUCCGACUCUUACAGUGACGGAUGAAUCUUUUGUUCCCAUGUUGUCUCGUCUUGACGAAUGUAUUCACUAUCUCAACACCAAUCCGAGGUUCAAGGAAUCUGACGUGUAUCUGCUACGGUUCAAGCAGUCGCUGUCCCGAGCUCUUGGACUUAUUAAAACCAGCGUCACCAUCAUGCUGCAAAAUUCUACACAACACGUCCAGCCGAGCAAGGAUGUUCCUCACAUGACUGAGAAUGCGUUUACUUUGUUCUACGGAAAGUUCCGUGCCAACGCGUCCCGUAUUAAACCACUGACAGAACAGCUGGAGAUCAGAGUUGAUAAAAGUCCUGAGUACAUGGAAGUGCUGACUGACUGUCACAACUGUUAUUUUCAACAGCGUGAGUUACUGAUCGGUCCGAGCAUCGUAUCUACCAUCGCAGACCUGGCCACCAAGCAUUCCCGAGAUCACUGUGCACUGGUCCGGAGUGGCUGUGCCUUCAUGGUGCAUGUUUGUGAAGACGAAUAUCAACUCUUCUUCAAUUUCUUCUCAACAACCACACCACUUCUAGAUAAGAUGUUGGAGCGUCUCUGUACCAACCUUUACGACGUGUUCCGCCCAUUCAUCAUCCACGUGAACCACCUGGAGACGCUGGCUGAACUGUGCUCCAUUCUCAAGAUCGAGAUGAUGGAGGAGCAUGUCGAGAACAACCCUAAAGAGUUGGCUGCAUUCCAGAGUGAGUGUAGUCAGAUGCUGAUGGACGUUCAAGAGCGUCUCGUUUACCGGACGUACAUGUACAUCAAGGCGGACAUCUUGAAUUACAAAGGCGCCACCGGCGAUCUCGCUUACCCAGAGAAGCUGGAGAUGAUGGAGAGUAUUGCCGAGGGCCUGAAAUCCAGUGACCUCAAGGGUCAUUCCCGGUCGCCCUCCACAGCAUCCAGCACAAGUCAAGAGGUUGCAGAGAUAAACAGCAAUGACAAACCAAAUGUGACCUCAGAUGUCAAGGACACUGACCCCAGUGCGGAACAUAACAACAACACUGAACAAAGCGAACCACGUCCACUUACUCUGAACAUAGCAGCUGCAAAUGACCAUGUAGUCCACACAAAGUCCGACCGUGGUCUGUUUGUGCCGUCCUCCUCGCUGGUGCCAAGUGCUCACAGCGCGAUGCCGAUGUCUCCUGCUGACCUGCACGGGAUGUGGUACCCGACAGUGCGCAGAACUCUCGUCACGCUGUCCAAGCUCUACAGGUGUAUCGAUAAAACAACAUUCCAGGGUUUGUCUCAAGAGGCUCUUUAUGCUUGCAUUCAGUCUCUUCUUGUGGCAAAGGACGGGAUUAUCAAGAGGAAGACAAUGCUGGAUGGUCAGCUGUUUCUGAUCAAACAUCUUCUGAUUCUCCGAGAGCAAAUAGCUCCAUUCCACGCCGACUUCUCAAUACGAGAGACGCAGUUGGACUUCACAAAGUUCAAAGAAAUGAGUCAAGCGGAGGGAAGCUUAGGUCUGGGUUUGUUUGUAGAUGCAGCUUAUUCAUUACUUCAGAAGAAAUCUCAGCUGUUUGUUUUAAACAGUAACAAUUCCCUGCUGCAGUUUAUUCUUGAGGGAACGCCACAAGUAAAGGAAUAUUUUGUCGACUCUAAGCGAGACGUGGAUCAGCAACUGAAGAAAACGUGCGAGGAGUUUAUCCACACCGUCACGGAAACGUUCAUCAGACCGCUGCAGACAUUCCUCUCCCGGGCCGAUGUUAUAAUUAAUAUGAAGAAGGAAGAAGUUGGAAAGAACAUCACGUUGCGCCAGCAGCCAUUCGCCACGCCUGAGAAAGUGCAUGAUGUUGUCACUGAAGCAUAUCGUAAUGUGAAAACAAAGCUACCCGGUGUUCAGCGGAGCAUGAGUCUGUAUCUAGCUAACCGAGAAACUGAGAACAUUCUCUUUAAACCUAUUAAGGUGAACGUUCUUCAGAGUUUCAAGCAGCUGUCCCAGAUCGUGGGCAACCUCUACCAGGAGGAAGACCAGCAGAUUAUAGCUUGUCCCAGUACUGAACAGUUAAAUCUACUCCUGUCGACAACCCCGAGCUAACACAAGCUUGAAGAGGUGUCUGGAAAAAGCUGUGAUAAUAGUGCUCAUAGGAGUGACCUAUAUAUACCAUGACGAUAUCUCAUGAGAGAGUGUGUUAUACAGAACACGGCUUCUUCUGUCGGCGAAGUGCUAGUGUUUUGUUCGGCCAUGGCAUAAAGCAGAAAUUAGUUGUCCAAAACAUUCUUGAGGAUAUCAGAAUUAUGUUCAAGAAUGUUUCUAGGAUGUUAAGAGUUCUGUCCGAAAAAUAGAGCAAACAUUCAUGUAGAUGGACAGAUAUGGAUGGAAGUAUACACACACACACAUGCAUGCUCGUACAGAGAAAUGACAAAACUGUUGUUAGUGGUUUUCCAGUGUGAAUGCAAGACUGAACACUCCUAUGUUUCUGUUCAUAGAUGGACAGACAGACAGACAACAGAACUGUUGUUAAUGGUUUUCCAAUGUGAAUACAGGAAUAGAGUAAUCAAUCUGUUUUCACAGUAGAAGCCAUGUCGACCUAUAAACUUAAAAGGAUUUUGGUCCAGCCAAACCAACCCCUGUAAUUGCCCAUGGCAACUGGCAAUGCUGUGUGUUUCAAGUUCUCCACAGCACGUUUUGGCCUUGGACUAUAUUCAGGUUUUUUUUUCAGUGGCAGGUUUUUUUGCUGUGGAUAUUUUUUUAAUUGCAGGGGUUGCAAACCAAUCCGUUUGUUAAUCCAAAAUUAGGUGAAUGUUGCACAUUUAAAACAUGGCGAUCCUCAAGCUCAAAUUGUGAACUUUUUGAAGUAUGGUUUCACUUUACACAAGGUUGUCAUAUCUGAUGUGAAUGAUAAAACAAUAUAUUAAAAUUCUAGUUUGUAUCUCUGCACAAGGCAGAGUUCAAAAGAACAGAAAAGGUAUUAGAAAUGGGAUUUUACUGUACAUCUAGGACCUAAUUCACUAAACUCUCACAACUUUGCGAUAUCGCAGUGCAAUGCAAAAAGACUUGCAAAAAAAAUGCUUGGUUGUCUAGCAGAGCCUAAGAUAGCUUUGUGAAUUAGGCCCCUGUUUGGGUUUCAUUUUCAAGUUGCAUUAGGUCGUAUUUUUAGUUACAUUCCACCAGAAUGUAAAAUGGGGUUUAUCUUAUUGAAUUUUUAUGCAACAUAACAUUAAGAAACAGCACUCAAAAAUACCUUUAAGUUUUAUUUAAAUUAGAAUUUUAAUGUCAAUAUUGUAAUCGCCGUUUUCAUAAAUACUAAGAAACUUGCUCUCUUUUUUUUUUUGGUUUCAAGAGAGAUUCAUUUCAGACUGUAAAUGGGGUCUUUUUUAUGGGGGGUUUUUAAUAAUAAUAAUAAUAAUAAUAAUAAUAGAUUUUUAUUUCAGAUCAGAGAUCCAUAGAACAUAUAUAAACAUCACAUACAAAACUGAUUACAUAAUAUACAGCAGCUUGUGCCAGCGAUUU